AUGGCUAUAGUGGAGGGGACACAUGGACACGACUUUGACGAGGAUUUCUUCCGAUCGAUUUUCAACGUUACACUGGAUGGAGAUUCUGCCGGAGAAUCAUUUGCUCCUUGCAGUGAAACAGCACCUGAAUUUAAGAGCUUGGGCCUGACGGUAACCUUCUUCAUCGUGUUCAUCUUCAGCUUCAUAGGCAACGCCGUUGUCAUUUACGUGGUGUGCUGUAUGGACAAAUGUCGAGCCAGUGCAGACACCUACUUGAUGCACCUGGCACUGGCAGACCUCUUCUUCAGUCUCACGCUGCCUUUCUGGGCCGUCUAUGUCCAUUCAGGUUGGAUCUUCGGCAACGUUCUGUGCAAAGUUUUGUCGGGUCUUCAGGAGGCAUCGGUGUACAGCGGCGUUUUCCUCCUGGCCUGCAUCAGCGUGGAUCGUUACGUUGCCAUUGUGAAAGCUACCCGUGUGCUGUUGUCUCAUCAGAAGUUGGUAAAAGUGGUGUGCGGCAUGGUGUGGCUGGUAGCCGUGGUGCUGUGCUUACCUGUGGCAGUUCAGAGAGAGACUAUGCAACCUGACGACCUCGGUGACCAGAUCAUUUGCUACGAAAACAUAACCGCUGAAAGCAGUGACCGCUGGCGUGUUAGUGUUCGAGUUCUGCGCCACACGCUGGGAUUUUUUCUGCCGCUGGCCAUAAUGGCUUUCUGCUAUGGCCGAACUUUGUUGACAGUGUUAUACAUGCGGAAUCAUCAAAAGCGUAAGGCCAUGCGUGUCAUUCUGGCAGUGGUGAUAGUUUUUAUUCUGUGCUGGCUGCCUCACAACGUUACGGUAUUGAUUGACACGCUGAUGCGAGGUAAAUCACUUGGGAUUAGCUCAUGUAAUGCUCGCAACAGAGUGGCUGUGGUCCUACAGCUGACCAGAGUACUGGCCUUUAUGCACUGUGCAGUCAAUCCAGUGCUGUACGCCUUCAUCGGGGAGAAGUUCCGCAACGAGCUGCUGCUGGCUCUUUACAAACAUGGCAUCAUCACCAAGCGCCUGCAGAUGGCUUACCAUAAGGGCUCUCACAGCAGCUCCAUCAGCAUCAGAUCCAGAAACACCUCCAUCACAUUAUAAAUAGUCUUUUAUUCAGAAGAUUAUCAAGUGAUUUAGCAACUGGUUUGACAUCAUAUUUGACAAUGUGGCAUGUACAUACUUCAGAAGUGGAAGAAAAUACAAACAAAAGAAAAAAAGUAGAAUAUAGACUCAUUCCACCUUUAUUUACAGUCAGGUCCAUAAGUAUUUGGACCAUGAUAACUUUUUUUUUUCUCUGUACAUAACCACAGUGAAGUUGAAAUGAGACAACAAAAAUAUUCCAUUAAUCAUUUUGGAUUUUGUAAUUUUAUGUGCACAGAAAGUUCUUCUGAAUAUAAUUUUAUGUGAUAUUAUUAACUGUACUGCUGGGAUAGGCUCCAACCCCCCAGUGAUCCUUAAUUGGAGUAAGUGGGUAUA